GCAUACGUAUUAUAUACACAUAUACUUAUAUAUACGAGUAUAUAUGCACGUAUAAACACACGCGAGUGUUUUUCUCGUAUUCACACGUUAUACGUGGGUACAGGCGCACAGUGCGGAAAAGAAAAAAAGAAAAUAGUAAUAUCGCUGCGGAAAGGGGGUCGUAAGUACGUCGUAUACGCGAGUGUGCUCCUUCGAUCCGGCGUGUCUCGUUAUAUAGCUGCAAUCUCUUUCCUACGGAUCUCCACGCCACAUGAAGUGUCGCUCGACCAAUUAAGCGAAACUCUCAGCGUUAAGCCGAUCUACCAAGAACAUCUUCGAAUAUGUCGCUGCUCAGCGUCACGGUGAAGAAGGCGCGGUUCGUCUGCGAGGAAGCGGAACAAUUCAACUCCUACGUAACACUGAAGCUGCAGAAUGUGAAGUCGACGACAGUCACGGUGAAAGGGGCCAAUCCAUGCUGGGAGCAAGAUUUUCUUUUCGAAACGAACGAUAUGAAUACGGGCCUUCUGGUGGAAGUUUGGUGCAAGGGUUUCCUGUGGGAUCGUUUCCUGGGCUACUACUACGUCCCAUUAUCAGAAGUGUCCUACAUGAAUGAGGUAACGUCUAAGCAGUCCUACAAUACAUCCACUGGCACGGUAUCGACAGGGAAACAAGAACAACAACAACACAUAUCCUCUGACAGCAUGCGAGACACGAACAGCAAUACACAGCCACCAGACAUCAUCAGCACGGAAGGUUCCGGACAAUGGGUCAGUCUCGAUUCGGAGCUCGAGAUGAGAGGCGCCGAGAUUAUCGGCACGAAAAAGCCAACUGGCCACUCGCUUCUCAUAGACUGCCGUUUGGAGCUUCCGUUCGGAAAAUGCGAACAACGAACGAGAUGGAAAGCCCUGCUAACGAGUGAAACGGCAAUGCAGUUGCGAGCAGCCCGGCCCAUGUGUGGCUCAGACCCCGAGAACACGGAGGCGGCCGAUCUGCAGAGGAAGCUGGAAAUGCUGAACAACAUGAUGGACCAGGAAGCACGAGCCGAACAGGCACGACGACAGAUAUUGUACAAUAUAGGCCACUCGGGGUACUCAGAGGAUUCGGACUAUACGUCAGAUCUGAAUUAUCCAGUCGGCGGACAGGGUGCAAACAGCUCGGCUUCGCAGUUUCGUACCGCUGCCAACCAAUUGGCUACCCCUCAAAGAUCCCUCGAGACCUCCAGAGAAAAUAGCUACGAGAGGGACGAUCAUCAGAUUCCAGCUACAGUCGGAGGAAGACUAGCUCCGAGUAAUUACGGAGGCUAUGGUGGAUCGGGUCACAGUCCACGAUAUGACGAACCAUAUCCCGAAGAAGGUCCACCGCAAAGGUAUCAGUCUCAGCACACUUCAGAAUCUUCCGAGCCACUCUUCUACAAUAGUAGACCAAGACACUAUAAGGAGUACAGACGACGGAAGCACACGUGGGAUUACGAGGACAGCCAAGAUGGUUGGCAUAGCGAGGGUUACGACUAUCAUGGCACGAGAGUCGACGAAACGAGGAUCUAUAGCGACACAGAGUACUAUCCAAGUACCACAACGAGUACUUCGAGACGAAGAGGUCCUCAUAGAAGACCGUCUUUGGAAAGACAGAUGACUUUGUACGAUGAUCAUCCAUAUUAUACCGACGGAUAUAGCAGCGAUGGAAGAGUGGGGAAAAUGAGCGCUACGUAUCCUGAAUGCCAAACAGACAUUAGGUACAAUGAGUAUUACGAUAGCACCACGGGAUACGGUUAUCAAGAUGAAAGGUAUGGUCAAGACGACGAAGAUAGACAAUGGGAUAGCGGAGGGAAAUGGUAUUUAGGAACUAGCACCUAUUAUGAGAACAAACGGAAUAGAAAAACGCUUCCACAGAGGCCUGCAUCUAGUAUCGGUAUUCAUCGACCCGAUUAUAGACCAAUAGUUACCCGACAACGCAGUUAUGAAUCGGAGGAACUCAAUCACAGCACUCGUCGUCGAAAACCGCUUCAACCGCAACAACGACCGCCGUCUCGAACAGAAGGCACUGGAAAGAAACUACCUCCGACACCAACAAAGCCAAGCAAUGUUGUUAUCAAUCGUAAACUUGUCUCUCUACCUGCCACACCGAGCAGGCAACUGCCAAAGACUAGAACUCCUUCCGAGGAGAGCUACUACAAGCCUGACUACAACCAGGACUACAAUUACGCUUAUCGCAGCCAUGAUAAUUUACCUCAGGAUACCUAUAUUGACAGUAUAUAUAGCGAGGAAAGAGGUUACGUCCAAAUGCACGCGCCUGACAAAACUCAAUACGGGUCCAGUUACAUGCCCCAGGUCGAUGACCAGUAUACUAGUUCGUGUCAAGAGCCACAGACACAGGAUAGGUACGAUCAACAGUAUUUACAAAACUCGUAUAAAGACGAGUAUCAAGAGCCUUACCCGCAACAGAAUAACCAGGUUUAUCGGAAUACGUAUGAAGAUAUGAUAUAUCCGAACGUGAGUCAGCCAAAUGAUCAAUACACUAGCCAACCAAACGAUCAAUACAGGAAAACAAGCAGAGAUAGGAUAAUAGAUGAUAAUUAUCAGGUGAAGGGUUACGAUCAGAAUAACGUACAAUAUCAGGACAGGAAGAAACCUUACUGGGAAGAUACGUAUAAAGAGCAAUACGACGGUUACAGCGUCUCUACAUCGAGCGUAUAUGACCAAAAUAACGUGACAAAUAAAUACAAUCAAUACCCGAAAGAGCAAUACGAUUCUGAGUACAAUAUAAAUACGUCGACUGAUUAUCAAAGGGCUUAUCCUGAUACGUACAAUCAGGAAAUGUACGGUCAACGAAUCUACGAUCAAGACACAUACAUUCAGGAUAUAUAUAAGGAGGAUGGCCAAAAUACUUACAGCGAAGAUACCUACAACCAGCAGGAUCCGUACACUCAGGUACCCAUUACGUCACAAAGUAAUUACGGCGAUACUUAUACCACAACAGGACCACAAAAGGACUACGUUGACUAUCAAACGCCGUAUAGCAAAGAGGAAACCGUUAGUAGAUCGUAUCAAAAUGACUAUCAGAAUCAGUAUGAAGAGCCUUAUAAUCAAUACGAAGAGUCUUAUCCUGAUUCUUAUCAGGAACCCUUCAAGGAACGUUACAAAGAGAGUCCAGUUACCAGCACGGAAAGAAGAACGAGCGAAGUUCCGGAGUUGUCGGUAACUACGCCUAGAGGUCAGACGAGAACGAACGGAUAUCAGUCGAGCGAGUCAGACUAUUACGUUCCCCCUCAGGAAAGUCAGGAUAUAUCUUCGACUGGUGUACAGAGAAGAAAGAAGUUCGAGAAACGUGGACCUAGCCCACUCGUACAACAACAUACAGAUUCCUUGGAGUCUAAGGACGACGAAUUAAAGGAGUCUAUCGAAACUGCCGUGAGUUCAAUUAGUAGCAUUCCACAGAAGAAAGGAAUCAGUAGCGACUAUUCAACAGCUGCUGACUCUAGCUCCGUUGGCCCUACUUUGAUCGAAUCUCCGCAAAGUACGGCGCAGCCGGCGACAACGAUGGUUAAUCACGUAACAGCCAACCACGUUCCAACUAGUAUGACGGUGACGGCAAUGGUUCACACAGGAGCUAAUGGAAAACGAUUAACGAGAACUGAAUCCUGUCAGGAGGAAGUUAUCGAAGACGAGGAAUAUCCAGAAAUCAUACCGAAGGAACCACAGAGAAAAGACUCGCAGCUAUCGCAUCAAAGUCAACUCAGUCAACAUUCUUCCCAGCACAGCCAGCAUUCUCAGAAACCAAAAUUAAACAGAGGAGAUUCUUACGCCUCCGACCACUUCCCCGAUGAAUCGUACAGCAGAAGAGGUUCAUACGCGCAACCUCCAAGAAAAGACUCCUUCUCAUCGAUCACGCAAGAUACCUUCAAACCGCCUCUCACCAGGACAGACUCGUACCAAACGAGAGGUAGCUAUGAACAAAACGUCAGUGCUCUUCAGCCCGUUUCCAGAACUGAGAGCUAUUCGCGUGGAUACUUCAAGGACCAAGAAUCUAUAGAGGAACCAGAGGUCAGCUUGAGCAGCGCGGUGAAUGACGAUUAUAAGAUGAGGGACGAGUCUCUUGAAAGGUACGAGCGAGGUGAUGACGGAAUGCUUCGUGACUCUCGGGAAGACUCGUUGGUGGACACGUACAAAACUACGCCACCGAUGUCGCAUACCGAAAGUCCACGUGGAAGCAUAACAAAACAAGCAUCCUUAGAAGAAAGUGUUCAAAUGGAUACUCCACCGAGGAGUCCACCCGAGCCACCACCAGAUAAGGAACUCCUCGAGAUGGUUGGAGCUGCUUCAGUGCCUACACAAUUGAAAGAACGACCGGAGAUGACAUCAAGGCAACGAUGGCAUUGGGCGUAUAACCAAAUAGUAAUGCAGCUGCGGACGAGAGGAAUGUAUCGGUUUGAUGUAGAAACAAUACAAAGUGGUUUAGAGGAACCUAGAAAGCAAAGUCCAGAGAAAUAG